AUGGCGGUUCUUUUUACAGUUACUGGCGCUAUUCAGAUAUUCUGCGCGGAAGGGAGGAUAACAGAGGCUGAUGAGGUGCUUGAGGAGAUGAAUCGGAAGGGUUUGGCCCCUGAUAAGACGACUUACACGUCUCUGAUUCAUUUGUUCUGCAAAUACCAGGUAUAUAAGGCUGAUAAGGUUAUGGGUGACAUGACUUUAAGUGGUUUUUCGCCUUCGGUUGCUACCUACAACGAGCUUGUUCUUGCGUACUGCCGUGCUGAGAGGGUUGAUGAGGCCUUAAGGGUUUUGGGGGUCAUGGACGAGAAGGUGUGGAGCCAAAUUUGGUUUCAUUCAAUGUUGUUCUUGAGGUAUAUAAGGUUGAGUGACAUGAUUUUUAGUGGUUUUUCGCCUUCGGUUGCUACCUACAACGAGCUUGUUCUUGCGUAUUGUCGUGUUGAGAGGGUUGAUGAGGCCUUAAGGGUUUUGAGGGGCAUGGACGAGAAGGGUGUGGAGCCAAAUUUGGUUUCAUUCAAUGUUGUUCUUGAGGUUUUGUCCCGGCAACACAGGUGGGAAGAUUUUGAGGCGGUGGUUGAGGAGAUGCAUCGAAGGGGUUUGGCCCCUGAUGAGACGACUUACACGUCUCUGAUUAUAAACUACUGCGACAAAUGGCAGGUAGAUGACGCUUAUAAGCUUUUGAGUGAAAUUAUUGCUAGUGGGCUUUCACCCUCGGUUGCUACAUACAACCAGCUUGUUCGUGCAUAUUGCAUUAAGGACAAGGUUGAGGAGGCUGUAGGGAUUUUCAGGGGCAUGGCUGAGAGGGGUUUGUCACCUGAUGCUCAAAGUUAUAACACUAUAAUUACUAAGUUUUGCGAAGACAAGGAGCUGGAAAAGGCGAUUGAAAUGAAGACGAAGAUGGUUGAGAAGGGCAUCUUGCCUGAUGCCGUCACAUUUUCGUCGCUUAUACAGGCCCUAUGCCUGCAACGAAGACUGUCUGAAGCUUUUGAUCUCUUUCGAGAGAUGUUGCGCGGGGGUGUGUUGCCAGGUCAGUUUACUUAUCAAUUUUUGAUGAACGCUUAUUGUCUUGAAGGUGAUUUCAGUAUGGCUUUUAUCUUGCACGAUGAAAUGAUACACAAGGGUUUAUUGUCUGAUUUUGUUACUGGGUUUUCACCAUCUCUUGUUACUUACAACGCCCUUAUUCAUGGGUAUUGCUCUUUGGGGAGGGUUGAGGAGGCUCUCGGGAUUUUGAUGGGCAUGGUUGAGAUGGGCUUGUCCCCUGAUGCCGUUAGUUAUAACAUUGUUAUUUCCGGAUAUUGCAAACUCAAAGAGUUGGGGAAGGCGUAUGGUUUGAAGUUGGAGGUGGAUGAAAUGCCCCAUAUCUGGGGGUGUUGUAUUAGAGUGUCUUCAUCACUUAUGGAAGGCCUGUCGGAUGAGGCUACUUAUACCAGUGUGAUCAAUGAUUAUUGUGUUGAAGGUGAAGUGAGUAAGGCUCUUACAUUGACCGAUGAAAUGAGUGAAAUGAGUCGCUACGAGGGUCAUUUGCGAGAAUCUAUUCUCGAUUAUUUACUUAUGAAUGGGCUUGAUAAGAAAGCUAGAACAAGUGAUACUAAGAAGUCCCUUCUGGUGUUGUUUUAUGGUUGGUGUAGUAGACCACCAUCUUUCACAUAUGAUACUCUGAUAGAGAACUGCAGUAAUAAUGAAUUUAAGAGUAUGAUAGAGCUUGCCAAAAGUUUCUGGAUGAGGGGUUUAAAGAACGAAGCAGCCGGUGUUUUCAACACAGUGCUUCAAUGGAAUUAUAAGCCAGAUGGAGCAGUUUACAAUUUUAUUUAUUGUUGA